GGUAGCUGAGGGAAUGGCCGCAGCGUGUUCCGUUGCAUAUCGGCGUCUUCUGAGCCGGGCGGGAACGCGGGCAGCCUCUCUGCUAUGGUCUGCAGCUCGAAAUCAGAGUUCACAAAAUACCUCAUCACAGCAAAGCUUGGCUCUGUGCCCUGUUUCUUCUUGAACAAGAGGUAUUCAUCAGUCUUCCAUGAAUUCUUCCCUUCUCCUUAUCAGACUCUUGUAUAAAGAGGACUGUCAAGUUCUAAAGAGUAACACGAAAUAGACCCUAACUCCUCGAGAUUUUGAACUUGCUUGCAGCUUCGGAGUACCUGGUAUAAAAGAGACACAACUCCCAAAAAAGUUGCAGUGCUCCAAAGCAUCACCAGUUGCAUAAAGUUGCUUUAGAGAGAGCAUUCAUGAUCAUCAUUAUCACAUGACAAAAUUGGUUGGCAACUAAGCUGUGAACAGCACGCGGAGAUAAGGGGGAAAGCCAGUACUCUGCAGCCUGUGCCUCUCCCAUACCUGUGCAUCAUGAGUUCGACUAGUACAGAAUGUAAUGCAACCAAGGACAGGAAAACCAAGAGGGGCAGUCGCAACACCUCAGCAAGACCUCGUAAUGCUCUGGACAAGAUGAUGGUGGGAACUGCUUCUGAACCCUGUAUCCCUUCUUCCUCCUCCUCCUCCUCCUCCUCUUCUUUGCCUUCUACUUCCUCCCUGGCAUUACCUUUACAAACUGCCCUUGCUGGCUCCCCUCCUGUUGCAGGCCCGAGUUUUAUGGAACAAACUACUCCUUUGAGUGGUAGCAAAGGAACUGAGCAGCAGGACAUUCAGAGAAAGUAUGGUGGAGACAAGACUCACUCUAUGCAAACGCGUAAUCAAAGGAAAAUAGCUGCUGCAGCUGCACAAUUAGAGCCACUCAGACUUGAUGAUAGAAGUGUUGAUGAGGAAGUAGUUGACCUCACUUGUGAAACUUCAGAACCUAUAGUUGUUGAUCUUACACAUAACGAUUCUGUUGUGGUUGUUGAAGAGAGUGGACAGCAGCCCAAUAGAGAGUUCAGACGUCAACCAUUGUCUGACAGCCUUAUAUUAAGUAGUGAUGAUGAUGAUGAUAGCGGACACACAGAGAGUGAUGCUCUUGCCACUAGAAAGCUGCCCAGAGAAGUGGGAAGGGAGGAAUUUGCAAGUUCAAGAUCCUCAGGCACUGUGAGUUGUCCAAUUUGCAUAGAGAGCUAUGCAGAGAUUGUGCAAAGCGGGCGGCUUAUAGUGUCAACAAAAUGUGGCCACAUCUUCUGUAGUCUGUGCCUCAGCAAUUCUCUUGGGCAUGCAAAUUUUUGCCCAACUUGUAGGAGGGAACUCACUCCAAAGGAGUAUCAUCCAAUUUAUAUAUGAAGACCUGAGUGUCCCUGAACACAGUCUAAUGUGGCCUUCAUAAACAUGAGUGAACUCCAAAGAACACACAAUGUAUACAUGACAGUUAGCAAUUUCACUUUUUUCCAAUUGGCCUCCUCAUAGUCCAGUUGUACUGUUUAAGCUUCAUUUUGCUUUAAGGUUUUUGCAGCUCACAUUUUUUGAGGUCUGUAGAAGUUUGAAGAACAGCUUGGAGGAUAUGUCUGCUGUUGGCACGUUGCUUUGUGCAGAUAUCUCAUUUCAGUUCUUCUAGUUCUGUUGCUGCUUUGAGAAAAGAUUGUUAUCUAGUGAACUCAUUUAUUCAAGAUUAGGCCGUUCGUAGUCGUCUAUGAUAAUACAACCUGCAGCUUCUUUUUGCAAUUUGCCUUGUAAAAAACUAAAGCCCGUUCCAUAUCUACUUGUUUUCUAGUGGCAAACAUCUCUUUCUGUUGAUAUAGCCCCAAUAAAGAUCCAUGAACAGACCAAGAUUUAUAAAACACUGUGGCUCAUUUCUAACACUGCAUGCAUAAAUGACUUAUUACAAAUAACUUUUGGUGGUCCGAGUCUUCUCUUUAAUAGAAUACAGCCAUAAUGUUAGAUCUGAACAGCUUUUUCUGUCCACACAUAUGCUUAUGGAGGAAUUUUGCCAAUGUUGCCACUUGAGGCAGAAUCAAAUCGAUAUGAGCUAAGCUAUUUAUGUGAAACACUCCUCAAAUGGUUGGAAGAGGAUAAAGUAAUGAUCUGCUUCUCAUAAAUGGUUUGCUGUGGGAAAUCUGCAUCCAUAGGCACAUGUUUCAAGCAGCAAGCAUGUAAGACUUGAACUGCACAUGGUAAAGUCAACUUGAGUUGCGGUAACUCACUUUCUUAGCCCUGUUAUGUAUUCAUAGUAGAACUAUGAAUGGCUUGACUUGUUGAACUUUUAGCUGCUGCUGUACUAACAGGUCAAAUUGCUUUUAAAGGUUUUAUGUUGCUAACUCUUAAAUUAAAGGCUUUCUCUUCAAUGUAUGCCACCCAAUCUUCAGUUGGUAGAAAACAUGGGAUAUCCAGAUUAUCAGCAGCAUCUCACCAGGCCUUAAUCUGCAAGGUAUAUGGGCUGCUGUGAGUCUCAUAAUAUUUUUCCCAUAUUUCUUUUUUACUGUAUUAGAUUUUAAAUGAGUCUCAUAACAUAAUGAAACUUCACCCAUUACAUUUUGGAGAGCCAGUGUUAUGCUUCCAGUUCAGCAUUAGAUUGAACACCUUUUUAAAAGGGGAUGUUUCCUUAGUCUCCCUGUAGCCUGCUGUAGGGGCAUAGCUGCACACACCCCCAUAUUAGACUUUCACAUAGCCUGUCAAUCAUGUGGAACGGUUAGGACUUCCACAGAUUGAAUUGUCUCCCUGAAUGUGGGUGGGCUGUGGGGAUCAAAUACUCUCUCUGCAAAUGCAUGUGGUGUUACCAAAACCUAUAUGCAGCCCCCAGCUUUCGAAUGGAGGUUAAGUAGGUUGCUAAGUGGACUGUCACUUGCAUUCAUCCCUACCAUCAUAACUUCUGUUUGCACAGACACUCUUAUUAAAGAACAAAUUACACUUUGCCCAGGGACAGACCUUGGUAAUCUGGUGCCUUGGGGGGGUCCAAAAUUUGACACACACCCUGCCCUCGCGGUGCCUUCCGAAAGCCAGGUAAGGGAGGUGUCAGGCUUUGGGAAGGAUGCACAAAGCUCUGGCAGGCUCCUAGAGCUCUCCCACCUCAUUCCCAAAGCUGGGAACAUGCUAACUAGGCUUUGGGAAGGAGGCAGGACGGCUCCCUUUUGGCCCCCACAUCCUCUGCAGGGGAACUGGUUCACUGUCCUAAAUCCACCUCUGUCUCGUGUAUCAUUCACCAAUAAGGCAUUUUACCCAUUGGAGAAAGUUGCAGAAUGUAUUUUUGAGGUCACUUAUUUGAGUCGUGAUGGGAAAAACUUAAUUCCUGUGCAGAAUCCUAAAUGUGUACCAAACUGGAGGGGUACAGCAAUCGCUACUGUUGGCCAAUGCUGUAUGGAACCUAACACUUCACCAAUCUAGUCUUUGCAUAAAAGUUUUAGCAAAACUAUGUGUUAGGGUGCCUCAACCUCUUACACGGUUUCCUGAAUCCUUGCAGUGAAAGGGUGUUUUUUUGGGGGGGGGGUUUAUAUAGUCGCAGUUGAAAAACUGCACCCAAGUUAGCAAAAUGCAGCAACAAAAACUACAUCUGCAUAAUGGUAUAAUGGUUCUUGCAUAAUGGUUCCUGCAUAAUGGUUCUUAAUGGUAGGCAGCAAUUGCCAUGUGACACCAUGACAAGAAUAGAAGAAUAUUUAGCAAGUGAGUCAGCACUUAAAACUAUCAUAUUCAGAUGGGUUAUUACAUGCUGUUGUUUGACUAGAGACUGGACAACUCCCCCACAGGACACUACACUAUUACUUUUGUGGUAUAUAAAUACAGUGGUGCCUCGACUUAGUAAUUUAAUCCGUUCCGAAGGCACCUUCGUAGGUCAAAAAAAUUGUAAGUCGAAAAGCGCCAUUUGAAACGCAAUUUCCCAUAGGAAUGCAUUGGAAAUGAAAAAAUUCGUAAGUCGAAGCAACCCCAUCUAAAAAUUUGUAAGUCGAAAAAACCCUAUCUAAAACCGCCGCAGUUUCCGUUCGGAUGUCGAGAAAUUCGUAAGCGUGCGGCCAUUUGCCCCAUUCGUAAGUCAAAAAAUUUGGUUGUCGAGUCGUUCAUAAGUCAAGGUACCACUGUAAAGCCAUAGGCUAUGCUAAUAACGGAUGGAAUAAUUGACUGAAUUCUCUGUUAGGUUUUGUGAUCUCUGCCAUUUCUCAAGGACAAGGUCACAGACAUCUGAAUACAAUUUACCUGCAUUUAAAAAGAAAUGAGUUCUUAAAGGACUGUCAGUUUUUAUGUGUGGUUUUCAUUUGGUGAUGUAUAUAUAAUUAAUGUUUGUGAGGUGUCAUCGUCCCGCCCCCCAGUAUUCGUAAAAGAAUUUUUGGUAGAUUGUACUUUAUUUUCACAGCAAAAAAAGUAAUCUGAGUACUCCAGUAGUCUUUUAAAUUAAAUUAAAUUAUGCUACUCUAAUUUCUUUCAAAUACUAAUUCUUUAGCAUUCCUAGUAUUAAUUAACCCCCUCUUUUUAUCUUAUUGCUCAUUUUUCAUUUUUGCCUACUGUAUGUAUCUUAGCAGAAGCAGCUCAAGACCCAUAGGUGGUUCAUGCAUAGGGGAAAAUAUUCUGUUUCCUGCUUAAGCUUAUUAUUAGCAGACUCCUUCCAAAAACAUCCUUAACUUCUCCCCCAUAUCCUGAAAUCAAACUCCCUGAUCCUCUAGAAGAGGCAGAACACCACAGAG